AUGGCCGAAGAAGGAUUGGAAUUCGAAUACCGGAAGAAAUUCCAAGGAAUUGAAUUCCGGGACAUUCACGACUUGAUCAACAAGGUGGCCGAGAGCGGCGAAGUUGAGAUAAGCUCAGCCGAAGUCAGCAUAGACAAGCCAUUCGUCUGCAAAGGACUUGUCAAGGUCGACAAUAAUUGCACCAAGAUUCCCGACGCCAAGUUCGCUACUCGAGAAACGAAGGCCUACACUUUUGAUUUGACCAGGGCCGAAGCUAUCUUUGACCUACUGUUGACCGAGAAAAAGGGGCAGCAUCGAACCGCUGACAAAAACCCAGCUGAGAAGGAUGCAGAGACAAGUUCAGCAGGCCAGGAUACAAACAGCCCAGGUCGAGGGAUUGAAACGCCAAAAGAAGAUGGCGACCGCAGACGAGCCACCAUCCGUGCCAAUCGCUCCCCCUACAGCAUCAAGCCCCCAAGGACGUGGCGCCCUAGGCAGGACGGUUAUCCCCACAGAAUGACGGCCGUUUCGGUCGAGCCAAAGGCCGCGGCCCUGGAGAAAACAGAUGAGGGUAUCAUUGACGUCUACCACGGAAGGGACCCUCCUUUUUCGGCCAAUGGUCUAUCCUUUCUCAUGGAAUUCCAUAAGGACCACUCGCCCAUCGACCUAUACAGCAUGACCCCUUAG